UAUAUGCAUACCGCGCAAAUUCACGUCAUUGUGAUCAGGAAUCGAAACGUGCACAUUAAAGGAAAUUCCAAAACAGUCGAGUAGAGGGGAUGUGUGGACAGCUGUUUACCAAAUGCCUGUAAGCUUUGGUGCUCGUCCUUACCAGCUGUGUGUGUCACGUUAAAGUAUCGGUAAACAUUCUCGUCUAUACGUCCCCAUGAACGUCGUCCAAGCAUUCUUGGAAUAGCAGUUACAUCCACUGUUCGGUUCUGCUCACAAUCUUUCGUGGAACUGACCUGGUACAUCAUGUUGCGUUUUGUGUUAUUUGUGGUAGUUGCCACUUUAAUGUUGGGGGUGUCAUCAUUGAUAGUUGAUGGAUGCAAUGAAGCUGUGUGUGCAAGUGUGGUGAGCAAAUGUAUGCUUACUCAGUCUUGCAAGUGUGAUCUAAAGAAUUGUUCAUGCUGCAAGGAGUGCUUCAGUUGUCUUGGUGAACGGUUUGACGAUUGCUGUUCUUGCGUUGAUAUGUGUACAAAGUCUAAUUCCACUGGUAGUCCACUUACCAAAAUAAGCCAUGUUGAAGAGUUUACUGAUCCCAUACCAUCGCUGUUUGAAUCCUUGACCAUGGAUCCGGACACAGAGGGAAGAUGGACAUCAUAUACUUAUCCACAGGAACUUGAUAUUUCUCUGUUUAGCCCAAAAAUAGACAACGAGAUAAUAAUGGCAAACACUAAUGGGAAGAGUUCACUGGCUGUAGUGAACUGCACUGUAACUUACAUGGCACAUUGCUCACCUUGGAACAAAUGCAAGGAAUCUUGCCGCUCUAUGGGUGCCAGCAGUUACAGGUGGUUUCAUGAUGGUUGUUGUGAAUGUGUUGGGCACACUUGCAUCAACUAUGGAAUCAAUGAAAGCAGGUGUACAGAGUGUCGUCUGUCACAGGAUGAUGAGGAAGAAGAUGAUGUGCUGCAGAAUGAUUAUGGUGAUGGCAGUGUAACAGAUGCAGAACAAGAACUGAAACUUUAGAAUUACUGACCUUUCCCAUUGAAUCUUUCAUACAUUAAUACUAAAACUGUUAUGACAUCUUCAGAAAAUAUCUGAAGGAAAAAUAAUGUGAUAUGUAUCAGCUAUUGAUAUUUGUGUAUCUAUAUGUGCUAUAGCUUUUUCUUUUUUAAUAUUUACUUUUUGACGCUAUUGAUAAUGUAAAUUCCUACAAAGUAAAUUGAACAUUGUUAUAUUUACUCCUCAGAAAGUCGGAUCCUCAUUAUGAAAAUGAAAUGCUCAUGGCUCUAUGAAAAGUGUUAUGGCAAGUAAUUAGAAGAUUUUAUCAGACAAAAUACUAAGUUUUAAGAGCAUUUUGCAAUAGAUACAUCUAACUCGGAGUGUAAAUGACAUUUAGAUGAUGUUCCUCAAAAAAGCUAACUGGGCUCUAUUAUUCAAAGAAAAUUGAGAAAGCAGUGAAGAGUAUUAUAAAAUACUUAAAUAAACCAUAGAAUAUGAAAUAAGUAAUACAGUAUUAGAGAAGUGGGAAAUCCUCUGGCAGGUGCAUUCUACACAGGGAACUCGAAUCAUAUACUCUCCUGUUGCCUGUAAUAAAAAAAAAAAACAUGACUACUGCACUAACACAAAAAUUGGCCCAAAAUGCUAAUCCCAUAACACA